UGAUAGGAAAAAUUCUUCGUGGGCGAUGAUUGGAAAUGCGUACGCAACAAAGUUUUAAUUUUGUUUGUGUGAUAUUUUUAUACUGCCCUUUUUUCCUUGUCUAAUCUUUAUAUCUGUUUGAUUUUGAUGGCCGAUGAAACGGAAGGAAAGAGAAGGAAACUGUUUGGAGGCGCACAAAAAAUGAACCCUUGUAUGAAAUGCCGUGGAUUUGUUUUCUUCUUCUUAUUUCUCUGCUGAAGAUGAUCUCGAUUUGUGUUUUGUGCUGAAUUUACUGAACUCUACUUGAUUUAUAUUUUGUAGUAAAUUUACUGAACUCUGGUUGAUUUAUUAGUCAAUUCUUUAACUAUAAAAAAUCGAAGGGUCUGUCUACGAUGCUGCCGGUGCACACUCUUGGGGGAGGUUGUGGUGGUUUUGCAAUUGGGUGUGAAUCCGCAAAGGUGCGUAUCAUAGGAUUUUUCUAAACGAAAUUGCCCCAAAAGCUGUUCGAUUCUGUCUUAUGCUAGUAAAGUAAGGACUCUUCGGAGGAAAAAUGGCUUUUUGAUCUAACAAGGAAAUAAAAUUUGUUUUUUGCUUCUAGCAGAGCCCAAAAGCAAUCAACAGUGGGCGACGAAAAACUGUAAAAUGUUGCAAGCCCACCAAGUUUUCAUUCUCAUACAAAAAAUGGUAAAAAGCCCACCACUCAAAGCUCUGUCACUUUUCAAUUCCUACACCGCCCAAGGGUUACAACCCACUUGUCAAUCUGUAUCAGUCAUCUUAAAAAUCCUCCUCUCCUCCAACCUGUCGUCACAUGCAGAGUCUCUUCUCCUAUGGCUUCUAUCUGGUGGAAUUUCCUCAUCAUUCAGUCCAAAUUUGCUUCUCCGUAGUUUAACCCAAUCUCAUUUGAAUUUAAACCCAGUCCUGGCUCGACUCUAUGAAGCUAUUAUUAAUGUAAAUGUACAAUCUCAGUUGCUGGAGGAAGCACUCUUUUAUUUCAAUCAGAUGAUUAACGGGGGCUUUGUACCCAGAUCAAGCACUUUGAAUCAUGUCUUGGCUCUUCUUCUAAAGUUAAACCAAUUUGAUAAGGCUUGGUUGAUUUUCAACGAAAGAAAGGACAUGGUUGAUUUGGAUGUUUAUAGUUUUGGAAUAAUGAUAAAAGGUUGUUGUGAGCUUGGCUAUAUACAUAAAGCAUUUGAGCUUUUGUUGCGUUUAGAGGAGAUGGGUUUCUUUCCAAAUGUUGUUAUAUACACUACUUUGAUUGAUGGGUGCUGCAAGAAUGGCGAUAUUGAACAGGCAAAGAAAUUGUUUGCUAAGAUGAGGGAGCUGGGCUUGGUUGCCAAUCAAUAUACCUACACGGUGUUGAUCAAUGGUUUUUUCAAAAAGGGCCUUAAAAAGGAUGGAUUUGAGCUAUACGAGAAGAUGAAGCUUGAUGGGGUCUUCCCUAACAUAUAUACUUAUAAUUCCAUGAUUAAUGAGUACUGUAACGAUGGCAAAACAAACAGAGCUUUUGAAGUGUUUGAAGAAAUGCAUGAAAGAAGAGUAGAAUGUAAUGUUGUGACAUACAACACAUUAAUUCGUGGCUUGUGCCAAGCAAUGAGGGCUUGGAAUGCUGAAAAAUUGACGAGUAAGAUGAAACGAGCUAAUCUAUGCCCAAAUUCAGUCACAUAUAACACCCUAAUUGAUGGGUUCUGUAAUAUUGGGAGGUUAGACAAGGCUUCACAGUUAUUGUAUCAAAUGAUAUCAGAUGGUCAAUCUCCAUCUUUAAUUACUUAUAAUGUUCUAAUUGCAGGUUUUUGCAGAGCCAAAAAACCAGCAGCUGCUGCUGAUUUAGUUAGGGAGAUGGAGGGGAGAGGCAUUUCCCCUUCUAAAGUGACAUAUACUAUUAUAAUUGAUUCUUUUGUUCGAUCAGAUAACAUGGAAAAAGCAUUUCAGUUAUUCUCCUCCAUGGAGAAGGCUGGUAUGGUAGCAGAUGUUUAUACUUAUGGUGUAUUAAUACAUGGGUUGUGCAUGAAGGGUAACAUGAAGGAUGUAUCAAGGCUACUCAAAUCAAUGAGAGAGGAGCAUUUGGAGCCCAAUAAUGUAAUAUACAAUAUGAUCAUAAAUGGCUACUGCAAAGAGGGUAGCUCCUUUAGGGCCUUCAGAUUGCUUAAAGAAAUGGUUGAGAACAGAAUGGUUCCUAAUGUGGGUAGCUACAGUUCGACCAUUGGAGUUCUUUGCAAGGAUGGGAAGUGGACGGAGGCUGAAGACUUGCUUAACGAGAUGAUAGGGUUGGGUAUGAAACCUUCAGUCUCUAUCUUCAAUAUAAUUUCUAAAGCUAAGUUCAGUAAUACAUAAAAUAAGAAGUUGAAGGCACUAUCAUGCUGGAUGGGACACAUGAAGUGGAUAAAAAGGCUGUUUUAUGGCUUUCUGUAUCCUAAAGUUGCCAAUGCUGAUGGAAAAGGAAUUUGCUAAGAGUUCAACUACAACCUCGUUUCUUGGACUAACUGCCAAUGAUUGCUGGGUCAAAAUCUGGAGGCUGUAUGAGGCUAUGGGCUGCUUAAAGAUUCCAGUUCAACUUGUCAACUCAAAGAAGCAGAGCACAGUGCCCAUCCCGAUGAUUGCAAUCUUAGUGCUCAUUUCAACCUUCACUUAGAAGAGGGAACAUGGAAGCACAUGCAUCAACGCCAGUUUACUGAAUGGUGCAACAUGGUGGCAAACCCUGACAUGAAUGUUGCUAAGGAUGACCCAGAACCAAACCUGAGUCUGACCAACCCGAAGUGCUGCCUAGGCAGACCCACAGCAAAGCAGGAUGAGUGACCUUCCUGGCUCCUGCAGGAUUGGCAUUAGUUCAGAAAACUGGCAAGGCUUGUUGAAGUGCAGGACAAGUCAAUAAGGUUAGAUCCUAUAGAUUUUGUUCAAUUUGUUUCCUAGACCUUUUCUGCUGCACCAGCUUAAUUAAUUACCAAGCAGACAAUGGGUUUAGAUCAAAAGUUAAUGACUUUCUUAAAAGCCCCUCAAGCGCAUGUACAAGGCCUUCACGGGAACAGAUUUAUGACCACAUUCAACCACAUCAAAGGUCCCUCCAAUCACUGCAAUAUGAAGAAAUAUAUACAAAUAGCACAGUAGCCUCAACAAAGACUCCAACGAGAAGCCCAUCACCACAAAGAACAAGGGGGAGGUGAAUCAUGUGGCAUAAGCCAGGGUUCCUUGCCACCCACUCUUAUGAAGAAGCUUGAACUGAGUAUUUGAUGGUGUUCUCUGGUACUCUUGAGAGGCCAUGGUUAAGAUGUUGCAUACAAUUGAUCAUGGUUAAUUGCUGGUCGAAAUUGGAUUGUUUAUGAUCCAUGGCUUCCUGAUGCGGAAGAUUGCCUUGUUGCUUGGAAAAUAUAUGUGAGAUGUAACUUGACCCAAUAAUUUUGGUGACUCUUCACAUAGUUUUUAUCUGUUGGAAGGAUCCUUAGCAAUCGAACCUGCUCCCAAAAUAGAUUAUAUUAGAAAUACUCAUCUUAUUGAGAAAUGAUGUUGUAACUUGCUACAAAAUUAUAUUCAUGUGUCAUUCAAUUAAUGCUCGAUAAAUCUUGCUUUUUCA